AUGCGCUCUCCUUGUCGUGUCAUCCAGAGCUUUAUCGGAGCCGGUGAAGGACAAAAAGAUGUCAAAGCAAAUGUCGCCAAUUGGGCCAUCGUAUAUGAAAAGAGCGCCGUUCUUAGUUCGACCACAUCGUCCAUUGGCGUUACUUCUAUUAUCGUGACCAAAACAGUUUUGUUAUAUAACUGUAUGUUUCGCUUCAUUAUCCGGUUAUCAUCGUUUAUGACGUCAUCGUAG